CGGUUGUCUCCGGUGCUUCAAGGGGCGGGUACUGUAAAUAUCUGGAGGUCGAGGAGGUACUAAUUUAAAAAAUGCCCCAUUUAUUAAUUUAUUUCUAUCCGCAAAGAAAGGCCCACAGGAAAUUGGUGGGCCGUUUAACUCAGAGCCCGGGUUUUUGCGUUGAGGAAUGAAAAGGUUAACGUACUUUGACGUUAAACUUCCGGCGGGCGCGGCGGAGGGGAACGCCUCCAUCUCUAUAUAAGGGAUUUUCCGGCUUUUUGCGGCCUUUUCCUUUUUAGCGCUCGGCGCCCGGUUGCCUGCGCUCCUCUUUCGUCUGUUGCCGCCGGGUUCCCGGGUCAGCCGACAUCAUGGGUUUUGGAGACCUGAAAAGUCCCGCCGGUCUCCAGGUGCUCAACGACUACCUGGCGGACAAGAGCUACAUCGAGGGGUAUGUACCAUCACAAGCAGACAUGGCAGUAUUUGAAGCAAUCUCGGGCCCACCACCUGCCGAUUUGUAUCAUGCUCUACGUUGGUAUAACCACAUCAAGUCUUAUGAAAAGGAAAAAGCCAGCCUGCCUGGAGUGAAGAAAGCUUUGGGCAAGUAUGGCCCUGCUAAUGUGGAAGACACCACAGGAAGUGGAGCUACAGAUGGUAAAGAUGAUGAUGACAUCGAUCUCUUUGGAUCUGAUGAUGAGGAGGAAAGUGAAGAAGCAAAAAGGCUCAGAGAAGAACGCCUUGCACAGUAUGAGUCAAAGAAAGCCAAAAAACCUGCACUUGUUGCCAAGUCUUCCAUCUUGCUAGAUGUGAAACCUUGGGAUGAUGAGACGGACAUGGCAAAAUUAGAGGAGUGUGUCAGGAGCAUUCAAGCAGACGGCUUGGUCUGGGGCUCUUCUAAACUGGUUCCAGUGGGGUAUGGAAUUAAAAAGCUUCAAAUACAGUGUGUAGUGGAAGACGAUAAAGUUGGAACAGACAUGCUGGAGGAGCGGAUCACUGCUUUUGAGGACUAUGUGCAGUCCAUGGACGUGGCUGCUUUCAACAAGAUCUGAAGUCCAUCCCGGAUGGUUGUCCUUAAAUAAAAGCUUGAGAAAUAAUGCUUG